UGGGCCGGGCCACGGCUCCAAAACAAAGGGCAGGCGGCCCGCGGGGCGGCGGCGGGAGGAUGCCUCGCGCCCUGCCUAGGCGCUAACGGCCUCAGCGCGUCCCGGGCCGCGCCGGGAACGCCUGAGAGCCGAGCCCGCGCUGACCGGGGCCCGGGCCGGAUGGGCGCUGCGGGCCGGGGCGCGGACCGCGGAGCGGCCAGACAAGAUCUCACUCUGUUGCUGGUCUCAAACUCCUGAGCUGAAGCGAUCCUCCCCACUUGCCUCCCAAAGUGCUGAGAUUACAGGUUACGUUUUUCUCUCAUCCCAGCUGUGUGGACAGUGCCACACGCCCUCCUGGACAACAACGGCUCUUGCGUGCAUUUUCCAGUGUUUCUUUUGUCAGAGAGGCCAGCAGAGCCACGGUUCUUCCAGAACCAGCCCUGAGCUGAGUGAGGAGUGCCCAGGAGAGAUGGUGAAAAUGACAAAGUCCAAAACUUUCCAAGCGUAUCUGCCGAACUGUCACCGAACGUACAGCUGCAUCCACUGCAGAGCACACCUGGCCAAUCAUGACGAGCUCAUCUCCAAGUCCUUUCAGGGGAGCCAGGGACGCGCCUACCUCUUCAAUUCCGUGGUGAACGUGGGCUGCGGCCCUGCAGAGGAGAGGGUCCUUCUCACCGGGCUGCACGCGGUCGCCGACAUCUACUGCGAGAACUGCAAGACCACGCUCGGGUGGAAAUACGAGCAUGCCUUUGAGAGCAGUCAGAAAUAUAAGGAAGGAAAAUUCAUCAUUGAGCUUGCUCACAUGAUCAAAGACAAUGGCUGGGAGUAAAGUGCGAACUUUCCCUUCUUCGAAUGCUGUUUUGUGAAAAGAAACUGUGAAUGUAAUGGAAACGUAGGAGCAUCUGGUGACAGCCUUUCUUGCCCUCUGACCUCAAAGGCUAGCUGCACAUAGCUCUUGACACUCUCGGCCAUCUCUGUGGGUAAGGUGUCCCUCGGAUCUGUCCUCUUCGUGUACACGGUUGUUUCUGAGAAUUUUCAGUGAGCUUUUUCUAACUUCUCAAGUUCUACAGAAAGAAUUAACCAACUGAUGACUUA